CGUUUUGUUGAGUUACAAAUGCCUCUUGCAUGUGUGUAGAUCUUUGUUUUGGUCGCGCUGUCAUUUAGUUCCGCACGUGGCCGCGACUAGUUCCUGCAAAGAUGCUGGGAAAUGCAAGAUCUCUGGCAACUAAAAUGGCAUGGGAACUCCUCACUCGGUGCCAAACGUGGAUUUAAUAUAUUUCUGAAUAUUCUCUGUUUUUUUGGAGAACCACCUGCAACUGGGCACGACAUGUAUAAGAAACCUUUUGCCCGAAUCGAGAGGAUUAAAGUAUCGCCAAGAAGAGCGGCGCUUGUACCCCCUGGCCCUGGACUGCUUCAACUGUUGGGGGAUCUCACUGAGUGACCAUUGAUGCUGCAUCUCAGGGUUGCUGAGCCUAUGCGAGAGUGCGAGUACAGCCAGAUCAGCACUCGCAGCUCGACCCCGAUGGAGACUCCAUACAAGAAGAGGACCCCAAAGAGGAGGAAGUGGCAAGCCUUCCCAGGGCGGAAUAAAUUUUACUGCAAUGGGAGGAUCAUGAUGGCCAGGCAGACAGGGGUCUUCUACCUUACCCUUGUCCUAAUUCUCGUCACAAGCGGACUCUUCUUCGCUUUUGACUGUCCGUUCCUGUCGAUGCAGAUCACCCCAGCCAUCCCAGUGAUAGGGGGGGUGCUGUUUGUCUUUGUGCUGGGGACUCUCUUCAGGACCAGCUUCAGUGACCCAGGGGUCCUGCCCCGAGCAACGCCUGAUGAAGCUGCUGACCUGGAGAGACAGAUCGACGUAGCCAACGGUUCCAGUUCGGGUUACCGGCCGCCCCCCAGGACGAGAGAGGUGGUCAUCAAUGGGCAGACGGUCAAGCUCAAGUACUGCUUCACCUGUAAGAUCUUCAGACCACCGCGUGCCUCUCACUGCAGCCUUUGUGACAACUGUGUCGAGCGUUUUGACCACCACUGUCCGUGGGUGGGGAACUGUGUUGGGAAGAGGAACUACCGUUUCUUCUACAUGUUCAUCCUCUCCCUCUCUUUCCUCACAAUCUUUAUCUUCGCCUUUGUCAUCACACACGUCAUCCUGCGAUCCCAUCGAUAUGGGUUCCUCAACACACUCAAAGACAGUCCUGCAAGUGUGCUGGAGGUGGUGGUGUGUUUCUUCUCUGUCUGGUCCAUAGUGGGGCUGUCUGGAUUCCACACGUACCUGAUCAGUUCCAACCAGACCACAAACGAAGAUAUCAAAGGGUCGUGGUCGUCUAAAAGAGGGAAAGGCAAUUAUAACCCUUACAGCUACGGAAACAUAUUCACCAACUGCUGUGCAGCGCUGUGUGGACCCUUACCACCCAGUCUCAUCGACAGAAGAGGCUUUGUCCAAUUGGACACGCCGCAGCCCAUCCCGCCAACCAAUGGCAUCACCAUGUACGGAUCCACCCAAUCACAGAGCCACAUGUGUGAUCAAGCCCAGUGCAUUCAGAGCACCAAAUUCGUUUUGCAGGCUGCUGCCACACCUCUGCUGCAGAGUGAGCCAGUCAUCCUCACAGACGAGGCGUUUCUACCAGGCAGAACAUCAUUAGGGGGUCCCUGCUCUGGAGCCCUGCCGCUGGGGGGUCAUCCGACACCCCCUACCUCCACCCCCAACCUCAGCUGUGACAACAACAUGCUGCCUCUCCGGAACGAGCAAAGCGACGGGCUACGACACCAUCACACGGACGGGGGCCACCACCACUUCCUCACGCCCGAGGAAGCUCCCUCGCCACCGGGCAUGCUCCCCUGCGGCAGUCCCCUGGGACACAGCCACACCAUACAGGGCUUCUACAAUCCAGCCAGCCAGGACUCUCUACACGAGGACUCUGUCAGAGGCCUGGUCAAACUCAGCUCUGUCUGACAAGGGGUUCACUCAAACAUCCCUCUGUCCCCCAAAACGCUCCUCCCUUCCAUCCACACCCGUGCCAAACAGUGGGUCGCCCCAACCCUGAAUGUCUGUAACCAAUAUCCUCUCCGUCCACUAAAAUCACAGGACUUGAGCCUCUAAAAGACUGUGGUACUAUUUGGGAGCAGAACUGACCGGAACUGGGACCUUCCCUCCUCAGCCAACAACUUGCCAAACCUCUGCAUCAUAAUGAGGGUUGUUGCUGGUGAAGGGCCCAGGGGACUGUGCCAUAUUAUAAACAGUCACAAACGUACUGUUUUCUACUGAAGCAUAGUCCACUCUCCUGGGAGGGGGACAGACAAAGGAUAGGAUUUGAGGAGGAAAACAGAAGUGGUAGGUGUAUGGCUGUCUGUCAGCUAUUUUAAAGUCUAAAAAAGUGUUGUGACAGCUGUUCCUAAAUAUGUUAAAGAAAAGCUGCUUUAUUUCUGUCAUGAAUCACGAUUCUGGCAUUUUCUUUUUUUGUACAACGGACUGUGGCCUACUUGUUGAUCACUAAUGGACAGUGUCAGCCUUUCUGAGGAGAUUCCGGUUGAUAGUCGACAGUGCAAUCAGUAAACAAGAGUUAGUGUCAUCAUGUUGCUAGCCUUAGUGGAGUUGCCAACGACCGGAUGUAUCCGGUUUUCAGGGAUAAAGCUAAUUCACCCUAGCUUCCUUUUCCGCUGAAAACCGGAUGUGGAAACUCCGCUCAGGCAUUUUAUUUUAUGCCUGCUGCGUUAGGUUAUCAUGUUGCAUAUCAUAAUUCAUUUCUUAUUUUUAAAUGACAUGUUAAAAAGAUUUGGUAUUGUGUUGUGCCAUACUAAGUUUUUUUUUCUUCUUCACAUUAUACUUCCUGUGGAUAUAUUAAUAAAAUCACAUAUUUUUAAGGUA